AUAUAUAUGAAUCCUUCAAAGGAGAAAUUGCGCCAUGCAACAACGGAAGGCUCUUCUGAAAAAGAACACCUGAAUUCCCUCUGUAACGUUCAAUCCUCCUUUAAUUGCCUCCAAAUUCAUUCCCCUUUUCGCCCUAAUUUUCCAAUCCUCUCAGAAAUUCUCGAUUCAACAAUGUCUUCCUCUCCGCCGUUCAAAUCCAGACCGGAAUCCAAAUACACCAAGGCCAAAAGAGCUCUCCGAUCCCUCGCCGUCUCCGUCGCCAUUCCUCUCACCCUUACCAUCGCCGUCAUCUUCCUCUUCGGCCGCUCCUCCCGCCAUUUCCCCAACCGCAACCGUCCGAUUUGGGUGGCGCCGCUCUGGCUCCUCCAUCUCUCGUCGAUCAGCUCCUCUUUCCUAAUCGGCCUCGCCGCCUGGCUCGUUUGGGCCGAUGGUGGCUUCCAUUGCGGAUCCAACGCUCUUCCGCUCUACAUCGCGCAUCUCUCACUCAGCGUCGUUUGGAAUCCUCUGGUGCUCGUGAUUCGCGCUCGUCUGCUUGCGUUUCUGUUCUGUGUUUUGGAUUUAGUUACUCUGUAUGCUUGUUAUCGGACCUUCAAGCGAGUGAAUCCCUUCGCUAAGGAUCUGAUUAAGCCUUGUUUGGCUUGGACUGCGUAUCUCUGUGCUGUUACUUAUGUGUUUAUUGAUCUUUGAUUGAGGAUUUUGCUUGCCAUUUUUAAACGAUUUGUUCAUCAAUUAUCACAUUGAUUAGGAUGUUGUAGAUUUUUUUUUCUUUUUUCUUUAUGAAACCGCAACCAAGAAGCUGUUAGAACAGCGAAGGUUUGUAAGAUUAGGGGAAAUGAUUUAUGAUUUGUUUAUCAAAACGUAGGUAUGAACAAUUCGAUCUGUAUUUUGGAUCUCUAAAAUCAUGAUGCAUUCUUUUGUUUGUGUUUCUUUCUUCAGAGUGAUCCAGAUCACACUUCGAGUUCUGUAAUGUAUUUUCAUAUGUUCGUCUAAUCAUUUGUAU